AUGCCUCCGUUACCAGUAAAUGUUACAACACUUCCAACAGUUUUCAUAAAUGCUAUACUUGAAAACGAGCAAAAAAUAAACAAUGAUCCAAAUUCUUUAAUAACAAAAAACAAUGAUCAAGAUCAAGAUCUGCUGAAUUCGUUUAAUGCUGAUCGAGAAAAAAUAUUUGCGUGUAUACAACGAAUUGAAGAUAAAAUAAAAAGUUUGAAGAAAGAUGUUUUAAAGACAAUUCUUAUUCGUAAAGACAAAUUUGCAAAGUUAUAUAAUAAUUCUAUAACUUUUAGAGAUAGAAUUGAUAAUCUAUUCUUGGAAGUUGAUGAAGUUCAUAAAAAAAUUCAUUCAUCUGAGAAUGGCUUGAAACCAAAAUUAUUGAUGGCACUUCAUCAACUUCACACAAUAACUCAAGAACUUCAAAAUACUGCAUCACUAGUGGAUGUGUUAAAUUAUUUAAACGAGAUACAAAUAUUAAUGAACAAAGUUCAAGAAUAUAUGAAACAAGGUAGGAUUGAAGAGGCAGCUGGUAGCAUCAAUGAGAUGGAUAGAUUAUUAGAAUCUCCGCCAAUAAAAACAGAAAGACAAGUUUAUAUUUUUGAUAAAUUAAAGACGCAGUCAUCUAUUAUGAAGGAGACGUUGGAUCAAAAUCUUGAUGAUUUUUUAAAUCAUGCAAUUUCUUUUAAAAAAUAUGAGGAUAAAGAAGAGAUUGUUCUCACAGUUUUAUCUUCCAUAGAAAAUGAAAAUUUUACUAUUCUUUUGACAUCAAUAUUUGUUUCAUUAACUGAGAUUGAUUCGAUCAACAUGCAACUAUCAAGAUUAAAAAAAAAUGUCAUGAAAUAUCUGAUUAGCCCUUUAAUGAAAAAUAAAGAUUCUUGGAAAGUAUCAACAAAAAUUGAAGAUGAUGAUACAACCGCUAAAUUAAUAAUUGAUAAAAUCUUUAUACUUUUAAUUAGCAUAUUUAAAUUCAUCUAUACAUUUAUAUUUGGUGGAUUGGAUCCAAUGUCAAAACGAACCACCAUAUUACCUGUUGCAAAUGGAUACGCAUCAACAUUUGGAAAAUUUAUUUCACAUGAUUUACGUGACGUUGUUAUCAAUGAAUAUCUUUCUAAUGUCAUACCAACCGAAACAUCCGAAUUUAAAAGAUUUGAAAAAGUGGCCAGCUCAGUAAAAGAAUUUCAGAAUGAAAUGCGUAAAAUGGGAUUCAUGCGUCAACUUCAUAGUAAUUCAGAUGAGGAGGAUGAGGAUGAGAGAACACUAGGUGCUUAUGUUGCUAAAGUUGACAUACAUUUUACUGUUAAAAAACGUGACAAGAUGUUAGAAUCUGGACGGGAGAUAAUUUUAGAUGGCGAUUUUGAUAGUAUAAUUGUCGAUAAUGAAGGAGAAAAGGCAUUAGGAUUAGAAGAUAAAGAAGAUAAAGAAGAUAUAGUUGAUAAAAACGAAACUUUAGACAAAAAACAAACCCCAGCUGAUAAUCAACAAAAACAAAAGCAAGACGAAACAAUUUUUAAUGAUGAACCGACUGAAGGAUGGGAUGUUGAUUGGAAUGAGACUUGGAAUGAAGAUGAUGCUAAUGGUGUUAAUAGUGAUAACUUAGUAAAGGAGCCAGAAAAAAUAAUUGAUCGAUAUUCCAUAACAAAAAAAUCUAAAUUAUUAAUUGAUCUUACUAUAAGCACUUUGAAAGAGGCACAAAAAUUGAAUUCAAAAAGUGGAGUUCGACUCUUUCAAGCUACACUUGAUUUAUUUGAUUUGUAUUGUGCUAUUAUGCCUAUAUAUUAUCAUGAUAAACUUAGUGAGGUGCCUGCAUUAACUAUGUUAUUUCGCAAUGAUUGUAUAUGGUUAGCUGAUCAAUUGUUGGAUAUUCAAGAACAAUAUAACAAUAAUGAAAAACAGUUUAUUCUGGAUCCAUUAAAUACUUUUAAUGCAACAAAAACUAAUAUUUUUUAUAAUAAGAUGGUAAAUAAACUGUGUGGGUUGGGUAAAGAAUGGUAUGAUCUUCAGUUGGAUAAGCAAAAAUCAGGUUUAAAAGAGAUCUUAGAUGAAAUGGGCGGAUUUGCACAAAGUGCAACCGAUGAAAAAUUUGAAGCUUGUCAAAGAGGAAUGAAUCAAGUUGUUCACACUAUAAAUCAUUUAUCAAAAAUCUUGGAUGGUGUGUUACGUCCAAUAGAGCUUUAUAGUGUUUUAGGAGAAUUGAUAGAUUAUGUAUUAAUGCAAGUUAUUGAUAAUAUAGAAGAUUUAUAUGACAUUUCAGCUGAAGAAUCUGAACAAUUAAAUAAGAUAUGUGUAAUGUUGUAUCAAUUAGAAAAAUUAUUUAAAUCAACCGAGCCAUAUAAAAUAACAAACCAUGUAGAAAAUUGGAUAAAAUUUAAGCAUAUAACAGACAUCUUAACAAUCUCAUUAGCAGAAAUUAUGAAAAGAUUCCAUAGUGGAUAUUUGAGAAGUUUCAGCAUUGAUGAAUUAGAAGGACUUGUAUGUGCAUUAUUCGCUGAUAGUACUUUAAGAGAAAAUAGUUUAUCAGAGAUUAGGGAAGGUCAUCCUAUUUAA